AUGAGCGAUAGGCCCUUCGCAGAAGGAGGUGUAGUGCGUAACAAGUCUACAGAGGAAGUAGCAGAGAGCUACUUCAUGGACCUCAUAAGCAGGAGCAUGCUUUUGCCAUCCCAAAGAUCAAUUUGUGAUGGAAAAAGGAUUGGCUCCUGCCAAGUCCAUGAUCUCAAACGUGAAAUCGGCAUCUCAAAGUCGAUGGAAGGAAAUCUUGUUCUUAGAUUGGAGGAAGGUUGCAGCUUAAACACCCAGGGCACAGCACGCCACCUUUCUAUAAGCAGCAACUGGGAGAGAGAUCAGAGUGCAUUCGAGAGCAUAGUGGACAUGUCCCGUGUACGUUCAAUAACGGUGUUUGGAGAAUGGGCGCCAUUUUUCCUUUCUGACAAGAUGCGGCUUCUGCGAGUGCUGGACUUGGAAGACACGACAGGUCUAGUUAAUCAUCACCUUGAGCAUAUCGGGAAAUUUCUUCACCUAAGAUACCUUUCGCUAAGAGGAUGUGAAUCUAUCUGUCACCUGCCAGAUACAUUAGGUAACUUGAGGCAACUGGAGACACUAGAUAUCAGAGGUACCUCCAUUGUGAUGCUACCACAAACGAUCAUCAAGCUUCAGAAGCUACAACAUCUCCAUGCUGGAUUUCCAACAAAAGGAAAUUAUUUAUGUACAAGGCAUGUGUUGCACACUUAUGGCUUUAACCAGCUUGAUGCAUGCACUUCUUUAUGCUGUCGCGCCGCAACUCCUUGUGUCAUGAUGGACAAAGAUUAUGGUGGUGUUGUGUUGCCAGGAGGGACCAGGAAACUGAAAUCCCUGCACACAGUGAGGGGUGUACAUGUUUCAUGUGGAGAUGUUGUUAUACAGGAGAUUGGAAGACUCACUGGGCUACGCAAGUUAGGAGUGAUGGGAAUCAAUGAGAAAAAUAAUGUAAAGUUUUGUUCAGCCAUUUCCAAUCUUAGCCGCCUGGAGUCAUUGUCAGUGCAGUCAGACAAGGGAUGCCUAGAUGACAUUUCUUCGCCUCCGAAGAAUCUCCGGAGCCUCAAACUGGAGGGCCGCCUGGGCGUAUUGCCAGUGUGGAUCAAGAAGCUUCAGAAUCUUGUGAAGUUAAAGCUGAGCUUCACAACAUCCAGCCAGGUUGAGCAGGAUGUUGCUAUGGAAGUCCUGGGACAUCUACCAAAUCUAUCCAUUCUCCGAUUGUCGGGGUGUUCAUUCAAGGGUGGAGAGCUUCAUUUCCAAAAGGAUGCUUUCAGAAGCAUUGUGGCAUUUGAUGUCGAAGGCUUAGGGGGGAUCAAGUCGGUGAACUUUGACCAAGGAGCAAUGCCCGAACUCGAGCAGCUCAAGGUAACUGAUGCUUGUAAAAGAGGUGGAAUUGGGUUCUUUGGGCUGGAUAUCCUCGUGAGCAUCAAGGAAGUCUUGCUUAGUGUUCAUUUCAAGAUGGACCGUGCUGGAACGGAGUUAGAGAGGGAAGCACGGCUCAAGGAGCAGUUCCGGACCCAGCUUGCUAGAAAUCCAAAGAAACCCAUUCUAAAGAUGGAAUGAGCUAUGAAGCCUGAACUGUCAGCGAGUGACUCGGUAAUCAUGCUACUGGAGAUAUUUCCUGCUUUGUUUCCUCUUCCAACUUUUCCUGUAAAAAAUAAGGAUGGGUUAAGGCAUGGAUAUUAAUUUACAUGUGUUUAAUUAUUCAUGUAACUAGGAGCCUGAAGAAACCCAUGAAGAUGCAAUGAGCUAUGAAGUCCGCAUUCGACCAUGCCCGAGUUA